AUGUCUGAGAACAAUAUGAGCGCCUUGCUGUCCGUCAGUCCGUCCAGGGGACUAGUGGAUGAAAAGUUCCGAGUGGUUGUGCAGAAUUUGUCCCACGGACAAGACGUCACUCUGCACUCCCUUGUGCGCUCUGAGGAUGACGACCUCUGGCAGGCUUUUGGACAUUAUGUCAGCGAUGACGAAGGAACCGUGAAAGUUGCAGAACAUGUGUGUGUGGGAGGAUCGUAUCAGGGCAUGGAGCCCAUGGGUCUGCUCUGGAGCAUGAAGCCAGUGCCUGGGAGUAGAACAGGACUCAGGUUGCGGAAGAAGGAUCUCAGCACCCCGAUCUCUGUGUACUGUGGCCACAUCAGCCAGGGGUUCAGAGAGACGAAGGCGUUGGCUUGUGCCGUCGCCGAGCGCUGGUACAUGGCACCGGGCGUCCGCAGGGUAGAGGUCACAGAGGGCGGGGUCAGAGGAACGCUCUUCCUGCCUCCAGGUUCUGGACCUUUCCCUGGAAUUUUGGACAUGUGGGGAGGGGGUGGAGGCUUAGUAGAGUACCGUGCCGCCCGGUUUGCAUCACAUGGGUACGUUUCCAUGGCACUGGAGUACAUGUCACCAAAGGCCUUAUGA